AUCAAUGAAAGUUUGGUGGGGUUAGGAAAGAUGGUGGGGAGACUGGAAAUUUCGAGAAGAAGCUAUUCGCCUCGCCACAUACAUUAUACAACGUGCUCUAGCGUGUUUGCCGGUUGCUUUGCUUGAACUCGUGACUUUAAAAACACGUUAUCUUAACAAUGGCUGCAGCUAGCGCUAUUAAGAGGCUUGUACCGCUCUUUGACAGAGUUCUCAUACAAAGAGCAGAAGCUAUAACAAAAACGAAAGGAGGUAUUGUUUUACCAGAGAAAGCACAGACAAAAGUUCUACAGGGAACUGUUGUGGCUAUUGGACCUGGACAACGUAAUGAAAAAGGAGAACAUGUUCCUUUAAGUAUUAAAGUUGGUGAUGUUGUUUUAUUGCCGGAAUAUGGCGGAACUAAAGUAGAACUCGAAGACAAUAAGGAGUUCCAUUUAUUCCGCGAGUCGGAUAUUUUGGCGAAGUUAGAAGUAUAAGAUUCUAUUAAAUUUAUGUUAACAAUUUUUUAAACAUUAAAAUUUAUUUCCUGGAAAAUUCAGGAAUAAAAAACAGCGGUAUUCAAGUUAAUCUUGCGUUCGUUGUUGUUAAUUUGUAAAGUUGCUCGAUUCUUUUGGAGUCUGAUGUUUAUGUAGGUGUCACAAUUUCGUAUGUAUAAAAGAAAAUAAAUCAUUUAUUCAUUAUGUUUAUAUAA